CCAGCAACUUCGGAGGAAGAAAUAGACACACACGCGCACGCGCGUAUUAUUUUAGUGUGAAUGAAAAAUCCCACGCUCUGUCCUACGCUUCAAAUUUAGUGUGUGCAGCUAUUGUUGUCGCGCUUGUGUCUUUCUCUGUCAAACGAUCUUUCAUACAAUUCAAUCAUGAGCCAUCUUGCAGUUUAUGGUGGUGCUGGUGCACUCGGAAGGGUUCUUGUAGACUACUUCAAAGCACGUGGUUGGGCCGUGACCAACAUUGAUCUCGUCGAGAAUAAAGCAGCACAGUUCAACGCACUCGUAAACGCCAACGAGGAGCUUCAGGAACAAGCAGCAAAGCUGGAUCAAAGCAUGGAGGCGACACUCAAAGGAGAAAAGUUAAAGGCCCUGUUCUGUGUAGCCGGAGGAUGGGCAGGUGGCAGUGCUGCGAGCAAGAACUUUAUCAAGAACAGUGAUCUGAUGUUGAAGCAGUCGGUCCAUUCGUCUUUGAUUGCUGCUCGUUUGGCUGCACGCCAUUUGGAUAACAACGGACUUUUGGUUUUGACAGGUGCGCUGGCCGCUCUAAACCCAACACCAGGCAUGAUCGGCUAUGGCAUCUCCAAGGCUGCAAUUCAUCAUCUUGUACAAGAUCUGGCAGCUCCUAAUGGUGGAUUGCCCGAAGGUGCAAAAGUCACUGCUAUUUGCCCUGUUACAUUAGAUACCCCUGCCAACAGACAAGGCAUGCCUGAUGCUGAUUUCUCGUCUUGGACACCCCUUGAGACAGUAGCAAAACAAUUGCACGGUUAUUCAACGGGUGAAAUCCCAUUAACAAGCGGGAAAAUAAUCGAAAUCUUGACGAAGGAUGGCAAAACGGCAUUCAAUGAGAUUUAGAUUGGAAAAAAAAAAUAAAAAAAA